CAAACAUAUAUCGGAAUUCCAUAUUGUUUGCACAAGCAUGUGCCCAAAUGGAGUCAGCGAGGAGCAGAUCAAGUGGAGGGCCUUUCCGUUCUCCCUAAAAGAUACCACAAAAGAUUGGGUAUUCUAUCUUCCUUCGAGAAGUAUAGGUACAUGGGCAGCCAUGAAGAAAGCUUUCCUCGAAAGGUACUAUCCUAUCUCUGUCUCCUCAUCUCUCAAAAAGCAAAUCAGCAAUGUGGAGCAGAAAGAUGAUGAAUCGUUCUACGAAUAUUGGGAACGAUUCAAGAAACUUUGUGCGAGCUGUCCAUACCACGGCUAUUCGGAGCAAGACCUCAUCCUAUACUUCUAUGAUGGUCUUUGCAAUGAUGAUCGGCGGAUGAUCAAUGCCGCAUGUGGAGGAGGAAUUGUAAACAAAACCCCUUCUCAAGCUAGGAAUCUUAUCUCGGAGUUGGCCGAGAAUUGUAGACACUAUGACCGGCGGUCAUCAAAAAGAGUUAUGGCGGCAGAAUCUAACACCUCGUUGGAAAGUCAAGUGGCCGACUUGACUUCUUUGGUUAAAUAUUUUCUCUUAAAUCCAAAAACAAAAGAAGUCAAGGUCUGCAGCAUAUGUUCAACACAAGGGCAUCUCACCGAUUCUUGCCCAACACUACAAGAGGAGAAUCCCGAACAAGUCAACGCAUUGGGGUUCCAAGGUCAAAGGAGGUACGAUCGGCAUGGCAACACAUACAAUCCAGGAUGGAAAGAUCAUCCAAAUUUAAGGUAUGGAAAUCCUCAACAACCAAAUUCUUCUUCUCAACAAUACAACCAACCCUCCCAAGGCCUAACUUCAAGCUCAAAUAUGUCCACUGAAGACAUGAUUCGAGCACUUACCAUGAGUGUAUCAACAAUACAACAAAGUGUGUCCCAAUUUCAAGAAACGACUAAAUCUAGCAUUCAAAAUUUGGAAAACCAAAUGAGCCAAAUUUCGAGUGCUGUGAGCCGGCUCGAGGCAAAAGAUUCGUGUAGACUCCCCUCUCAAACGGAGCAAAACCCAAGACAACAUGUUAAUGCAAUCAUGUUGAUGAGUGGGACGACAUUGAAAGAGGUGCAUAAGGAAAAAGAGCAAGAUAAAAAGGAGGUUGACCUUGAAGAAGACUUUCAACCGGAAGAGAGGACCAUAAAAGCAAAGUUGCCACCAUUGUCCUCAUAUGAACCACUACCUCCAUUCCCCGAAGCACCGAAGGAAAUAAGGAAGCUGGAGAAAGAUGCUGACAUGUAUGAGACUUUCGCCAAAUGUGAGGUAAACAUUCCGUUCCUUAACUUAAUUAAAAGUGUUCCCAGUUUUGCUAAAUUUUUAAAAGAAUUAUGCACAAUUAAAAGAAAAAGCAAAUUAAAGGGAAAACAAAAGGUGGAUGUUAGUGAACGUGUCUCGGCGAUCUUUCAAAAGAAACUUCCCGAGAAAUGUAGCGAUCCAGGUAUGUUCACAAUCCCAUGCAAAAUAGGGGACACUUUAUUUCCGAAGGCCUUGUUGGAUUAAAGGACUUCGAUCAAUGUUAUUCCAUAUUCGUUAUACAAGUCUCUAAAACUUGGCCCAAUGAAUGAAACUGGUGUGGUAAUCCAAUUGGCGGAUAGGUCUAGCACAUACCCCAAGGGCGUCGUAGAGGACGUACUCGUAAAAGUUGAAAAUCUGAUUUUCCCCGUUGACUUCUACGUUCUUGAAAUGGGAGAUGACAAUCAAACAACACCCAUCCUCUUGGGUAGACCUUUUAUAAAAACCGCAAAAACAAAAAUAGACGUGUCAAAUGGUUCAUUAACUUUAGAGUUUGAUGAUCAAAAAGUAGAAUUCAACAUCUUUGAUUCUACGAAAAAACAAAUUAAAGACCAAUCUCUUUGUUCUCUAAAUAUUUUUGAACCACAAACACCGAAUGUUUUUGUUGAGAAAACAAAGCUGAGAAAAUCACACUUUUUGAAAAAGAAGAACAAAUUGAGCGUAGGGAAUUGUUCAAAUUUUCAAAAAGAGAAUGGAUCCCACCUGGGAUUGAAGUGAUAACAAGGAAGAAAUCCCGGCCUUACUGGAGAAGGCCGAUAAAGAAAGAUGAAACAAGGGAUGUUCACGAUCCCACAUAAAAGAAAAUAAAAUAAAAAUAAUGUCGUGCCGCGACAUUAAAUCAAGCGCUUCUUGGGAGGCAACCCAAGUUUUAAUAUUUAUUUAUUUAUUUAUUAAAUCCGAAUGUUUAAAUUUAAUUUUUCAUUGAAAUUUUGAGAGAAUGGGAGAAAGGGAACUAACGAUAAUGAUCGAGAAAGAAGAAAAUUGUAGGUUUUAAAGAAAAGGAAGCAUAUUCGGUCAAGUAUCACACCAUAUGCGGUCGAGUAUAGGUGAAAAAUGCAAAUACUCACUCGAGUAUCUCACAUACUCAACCGGCUCAAAAACGGAAAAAUUAGAGAUACCCGAUCAAGUAUCACCAAAUACUCGGUCGGGUAUCAACAGAAAGGAAAAUCUCAAAGCUACUGCCUCCGGACACAUAUCCUACAGUUGGGGACAUACCCGGUCGAGUCACAUGAAUACUCGACCGAGUUCGGAUACCUGGGAUGAAGAAAAAUUAAAUGGAGCCAUACUCGGUCGAGUAUCACCCAAUACUCGGUCGAGUAUUAGCGGAAGAACAUGUCCAAAAGUCUACUGUCACCGGAAAACUUUGAGCAUUUAGAGACAUACCCGGUCGAGUAUCUAGCAAUACUGGAUCGGGUAUGAGUGGAACACCCACUCUCAGAGCCUACUGCCAACGCGAAAAACAUUCACUUCCAGACGUACCUGACCGAGUACGACGGUAUACUCGGUCGAGUACACGACCUUUAAUAAAAAAAUAACCGGUCAAAAUGCCCCAUUCAUCUUCUCCAACCCAAAAAUCCCAACUCUCUCUCUACAAACCCCCAUUGUCGAUACUUCAAGCUUCAAUUACUCCUCCAAUACUCAACCAAAUCCACCCAAACCACCAAUAAAAUUCUCCCCUCACUUUCCUCUACACACUCAUACCCAUCAAUCCUACCCUCUCCCCAUAAAUUUGAAAUCCGAAAACCCUACCUCCCCAAUUCCAAAAAUCCGAUUUUUCAAGCUAAAAAGGGAAAUUCAUGGCUUCAAAAAUAAAUAGGGUCGAGUCAUCUUCGGUAAGGACAUCAGUUCCGGGCUACGAGCGAGUCAAAUUCUCCAACGGAACACAACGAGCAAAAUUCGUUCAACAAAUUGAACGAGAGGUAUACCCUUCUCGCUUCCUAUGUCAUGAGACUCUUAGGGCAUUGAACAUACUUGUGAUAAUGCAUGCUGAUAGAGUAUAUAUCUAGAGAGAGGUGAGAGCUAGAGAGAGAAGUGCAAGUAAAUGCUUCAAUAAAUGAUUUUGUAACCCCUACAACUACCUCCAGAGGAAGUAUUUAUAGGAAAAAUACGGGCUGGGCUCCCAAGCCUUGGGCUCCCAAGCCUUGGGCUUGGGAGGCCCAUUUACAACUGGACCGCUAUUGGGCCGAAUACAAUGUAUGUAGAAAUGACUAAGUAUAAAAUCCUUUUCUGGGGGCCGCUCGUGGAUGAUGAGGGCACGGCCGACGAGGGCACGGCCGACGAGGACCCGACCGACGAGGACCCGGCCGACGAGGUCACCCGGUUCUCCUGGCUUCUGGACCGUAUCCUGAGUUAGGCUGCUUUCAGGCCGGCGGAGGUCAUCUGGCCGACGAGGGUCCCACCAGGUGAUCGUGGUACCCUCUGUUCUUCCGAGUAUGUGGGCCAUGGGGUUCAGGCCCAUAUACUCCAUCACAUGCUUUGUUUGAGAAGUUGGGUAUGCUCUUGAUAUUUGGUAUGCAAUAUAAUUCCAAUGAGGAAGUGAUUUAUGAAUUUAUGAGCUCGGCCGUUUUUACCUCAGAUGAAGAUGAUUUUCUGGAGGACAAACUCACGUUUAGAUUGUUCAAUACUCAACGCUCAAUUACUAAACGUGAGUUUGCAACUCAUUUUGACAUCCUUAUCCCUAAUGAGGGAAAAAUAUCGGAUGACACAAGUUAUGGACAUAAUAUGUGGACAAAGAUGACUGGAGAAAUAAAUGUGAGUUUCUCUAAACUCACAAUAACUCAUGUCCAACACCCGGUGUUCUGCCUGUUUUUGAAAUUUUUGGCGAAUAGCAUUCUUGGGCGCCCAAACAACCAUCACACAAGGAUGAGUGAUGUAUGUUUGUUGACCGCGGCCCAAUAUGCAUCUGCAACACCGUUUAACUUGUGCAAUUUGAUGUGGGCACCUCUCAAAAAGGAGUGCAAUGCAAAAGGAAACAUUUGGGUAGGGGGAGUAAUUAUGCAUUUGGCUACAAAAUUCGGUUAUACGGAUACUACACCUAUAGCCAAAUAUUGUUUGAUGAACUUUGAUUAUCUUGGCAAUGCACUAUGCACCUUCCAUUCCCAUUAUGAUGACAAAGGAAAAAACUACUACAAGUGGACCAUUCAUCCAAGGCCUUUCUGAUACUUCACAUUGCCCUCCGAUUACCUACCGCCACUCAUUUUCACCGAAGAUAUGAGCCAUGUACGCUACUACUUAUUACCCAAUGCCAUCCCUCCACACCUCCGAGAUCCUGAAGACGAUGUCCAAGCCGACCAACCAGAGGAACAUCACGAAGCCAUACAUGAGGACAUCCCCGACCCACCCCAAAACCCUCCUUCAACCGACUAUUUCCAACAACUUCUUGCCGGAUUCCAAAACAUGGGGUGUCAAUUUGACCAACUUAGGCAAGAAGUCGGUCAUUAUCGGGAGGAACAAAGCGCGGGAUUUCAAAGAUUGGAGGAGCAACGCCAAGCGGACAACCAACGGUAUGAGGAAGAUCACCGUAGGAUGUACGGUCCGAUGUACUCCUACAUAGCUCAUCAAGCAUCGUAUCAUGCUAUUACCACCGCACCUCCACCGCCCUCAUGGUAUGACCCCACUCAAUGGGGUAGCUUUGGCGGAUCAAGCUCCGGUGUUGGGGGCUAUGAUGGCGGCUUAGGAGGAGAUACUACUAUGGGCAACGGAGGUGAUGGCGGCGGUUUCGGAGGCGGCUACUAUGGUGGUGAAGGUGGGCACUAAGGAUAGUGCCUUGGUCCAAGUGUGGGGGAGAAAGACUCAUCUUUUGGUAUGUUAAAAUCCCUUUUUGUUUUUUUUACCUUGUACUAAGCAUUAUUUUCUUGAAAUCUUUAAUCUUCUCAAAAAAAAUAAAAUAAAAGAAAAAGAAAUGCUAGUUAGGUUGAAAACCCAAAAACGGGCAAUCUAAGCAAUAAGGGCUUAUAAAAAAAAAUUGAUGAGUGAGUUGGAAAGGAAGGAAAAAUAAUAAAGAUGCUAGGAUGAAAACCUGAAAAGGCUCCUAGGAAAAACGAGAGACAUGAGAGAAAAAUGUGUUUGUUUUGGCAGGACAUCACCUCUUGAAGAAGAAGAAGAAAAAGAAGAGAAAGAAGAAGAACCAAAAGAGCGUAGAAGGUCAACAAACCCAAGAAAAUGUUUGUAUAACUCAUUUGCAAACCUUGGUGAUCUUAUGUUUUUUUUAUUGUUCUUGAAUUUAUGAGGAUUUGUUGAAAUGCUUGUGAACAUUUGACUUUACUCGAGGACGAGUAAACAAACUAAGUGUGGGGGAGUUCAUAAACAUGUAAUUCACAUGUUUAUGUUUGUAUUUUUAAUUAGUUUUUAUUGAUUGUUACUUUGGAAAAUACACACUUUUGGUGUAAUAGUUUAGUUUGUAAAAAUAUUUGUAAUUUGUUUAGAUUAGGAUUAUUCUGAGCUUAGGACAGGUCAAAAUCAUCCAAAGAAUCAAAGGAUGGAUCCUAAAGACCAAAGAAUGUGCAAAAGGGAGAAGAUCAAAUGAAGAUUUUGAAAUUCGUUCGGUACUCGGUCGAGUAUUGCCAAUACUCGGUUGAGUAUUGACCGGAUACGCUGGUCAAAAUCAAAUCUGGGAGCAAAAGAACGUGGCCGAAUAUUUGAUGGAAAUCCGGUCUCAUACUCGACCGAGUAUUACUCAAUACUAGGUCGAGUAUGUCUAUAUUUCACAAUUUCCUGGAAACUACCUUUUGUGCUCGGUCGAGUAUCUCAUAUAGUAGAUCGAGUACAACACCCUGCCACCUCCAAUUUACUAUAAGUACACCCUUUUUCCUUCACAUUAAGGAUCCCUUCUUCCAUACUCCUAAACUCAAUUUAGAAUAGCAUUUCUUUAUAUUUUUCUAGCUAUGUUUAGUCUCCAAAUGAGGAGCUAAACUUCCAUUCUUGGUGUUGCUCUUGAAGCUUGUUGAUUAUUAAAGUUGUGUGUUAUUUUCUUAACUUCUUUCCUUGAAUAUUAAUUAAUAGUUCUUUCCUUAA